UUCCUGGUACAAAGGAUAGCAUACAGUUGCAUAGGGGCCACUAGGGCGCGGCGAACGAGGCCUAAAUAGAAAGUUUCGCGCCUGAACCAAACUUUGACCCCCGGCCCCGCGGCGACUCCGCCAAUGCCGAGCACCUAGGCAGACAUGGACACAGCAAAUGAUGAAGCCCUUGCUCGUGCACUGGCCGCGCAAGGCGUCACUAUGAACCCCUACGCGACCGUCUACGAUGACCCGGACUACGCUGGCGACGACUACGCAGACGACUCUGAGGACUCGGAUUAUGGCGGCCCUAAGAAAAAAGGAGGACGGGGGCGUGGGCGAGGAGCAGGAGGAGGAGGCGGCAGAGGGCGCGGCAGAGGGCGCGGUAGAGGACCAGCCGCGCCCGGCUCGGUGGCCGUGACGCCCGCUGCGAUGCCGCCCAGCGUCAAGAUGGAGGUGAAGCCGGAGCCCAACGCGCUCGCCGCCGGUCUCGCCGGAAUCACCGACCCGGCUUCCAUGGCCGCUCUUGCCAACCUGGCGGCUGCCGGAGCCUCCAUGCCCGGGCUAGCGGGCGCGCUGGGUGCCACGCCCGGCGCAAUGCCCGGGGGCCUGCCGCCCAUGCCUGGCGGCGGCGGCGUGGAUGGCUUGGGCACGGGCGGCGAGACGGACGACGAUGACGACGAGCGGACCAAGAGCGGGCGGCGGCGGCGGAAGGAUGUGGGCAAGCAGCGCCAGGCGGGCCGCGCCUGGACGCCGGAGGAGGAGACACUGUUCCUCAAGGCCAUGGAGGCCUACGGCCGCGACUGGAAGAAGGGCAGCGAGCUGGUGGGCACCCGCGACCACCGCGCUAUCGCCUCGCACGCGCAGAAGUACCUGAUCAAGCUGUGCCUGGCGGGCAAGCCGCUGCCGGCCGCCAUCGCGCGCACCGGUGCCGGCUACACGCUCAGUGGCGCCAUGCUGGACCCCUACAGCGCGGCGGCACGCAGCUACGGCUUCAAGCCGGAGCUGCUGCUGCGCCUGACGCAUGAGGAGCUGAGCGUGGCUCUGUCCGGCCUGGACCUGGACCGGCUGCCGCAGAUGUACGGCGGCCGCCUGCCCAACGACCAGGCGCCCACAGCCCCGGCGGCGCGCGGCUCCGGCGAGCGGCAACGCAUCCGCACCAGCAGCAGCCGCAAGCGGCCGCGGAAGGGCGGCAGCGAUGACGGCGACGACACGGACGGCGCCGCCGCCAACCCCGCCGUCGGCGCGCUGGGCGGGAUCCCGGGCCUGGGCGGCACGGACGCGGCGAGUCAGGCCGUCGCCGCCGCCAUGGCGGCGGCGGUGGCCGCCGCCGCGGCGGCCGCGGGCGGCAACAUCGGCCUGACCACGCAGCAGCUGAUGGCGGCGGCGGCGCAGGCGCAGCUGAGCCUGGCGGCGUCGGGGCUCAACCUAGCGCUGCUCAGCGGCGCCACCGACAGCAACAACACCGCCAGCGGCCUGGCGGCGGCGCUGGGCGGCGCCGUCUCCGCGCCGCUGAGCUCCCUCGCCGCCGCGCUCGGCGGCGGCGCGCCCGCAGGCCUCACGCCACCGCCGCUCACACUGCCGCCCGGCACAGCGCUGCCGCCGGCGCCCAUCCCGCCCGCGCCCUCCGCCGCCCCCGCGGCGCCGCUCAUGGGCGUGCCGCCGCCGCCCAGCGGCCUGGCGGCGCAGACCGAGUACGCGCGCAACCGGCCCCGGCGCGAGCUCGCGGGGCAGCGGGCCACCAUGGGCGAGACCAGCGAGAGCCUGCAGCUGGUGAAGCCGCAGGAGUUCACGGGGCAGCCCGGCAGCGGCUCGCCGCUGGCCCAGCCGUACACGGUGGACAUGAGCAGCUGGGCGCUGCUGGCCAUGGACUUCCACGCACACCUCAGCAACUUCGAGGUGAUCGGCCUGCUGGGCGGCACGUGGCACCCCGAGACCAAGCAGCUGGUGGUGAUCGAGGCCUACCCCUGCCGCCGAGCCGAGGGCAGCGACGCCGCAACCAGCGUGGAGCUCGACCCCACAGCGCAGGUUGAGGUGCAGUCGCUGAUGGAGGCCAAGGGCCAGACGUGCGUGGGCUGGUACCACUCGCACCCGGUGUUCGAGCCCAGCCCCAGCCAGAAGGACAUGGACAACCAGCGCAACUACCAGGCGCUGUUCAAGUGCCCCACCACCAAGCUGGAGCCGUUCCUGGGCAUCAUCGUGGGCCCCUACGACACCGCCAUGCCGCACCCCAUCUCCGUCAUCACCACCUUCACCGUGCAGACGCGCAACAGCCAGCUGGUGCCAUACUUCGUCAGGACCAACGUGCACGGCCUGGAGGUGGUUCCCGACCAGCCGCUGGUGGACAAGCUGACCAGCAUGCUGGACACCUUCCGCGACGACCCCGGCCGCGUGGACUUUGGCGAGCUGUGGCGCAACUACAGCUACGUCAUGGCGGACAACUCUGUGGACGGGCUGCCCCUGACACGGCUGGCCAAGUUCCGGCACUCGCUGCAGAGCCGCAUGCGGGACGCCGACCCCACCGCCGUGCGCCAGGUGCUGGACACCCUGUGCGCCGAGGUGCAGGCCAGGUGGAACAUCAACCUCUCCACAGCCCUGGCGGCGUCCACAGACGGCGGCGCGGCGGCGGCGGCAGCAGCAGCGGCGGCGGCGGCGGCGGCGGGGGCGCCGAUGGACCCCGUGGCGGCGGUGAACGCGCUGGCGGCGGCGACGGCGGCGGCGGCGGUGGGGCAACCCGGCGGGCAGCCGACGGAGGGGUCGGAGUCGCUGCUGGGGCUGCUGUUCGGGGAUAACAGCGAAGCAAUGGCGGCGGCAACGCAGGCGGCGGCGAACGCGGCGGCGGCGGCAGCGGCGGGCGCGGCGCCGCCCGUGGACGGGACGGCGCCGCCGCCGAUGCAGGGCCCCACGCCGACACCGGCGGCGGUGGCGGAUGCGAUGGCACUCUUGGCGGGCGGCGGCGGCAUGCUGUCGGCACUACUCGCAGACGACGACGGCGGCGCUGCCGCCGCCGCGGCAGCGGCGGCAGCUGCCGCGGCGGCGCCCGCGGACGGCAGCGGCGCGGUGGCGCCGGGGGCUGAGGCGGGGCCUGGGUCGAGCCUGCUGGAGGCGAUGAACGAGGCGGCGGCGCAGGGCGGCGGGAUGGACGCCAACGCAUUCAUGGCGGCGGCGGCUGCCGCGGCCGCGGCGGCGGGCCAGGGCGGCGGCGCGCUGCCGCCCAACUUCUUCCUACCAGGCGCGGUGCCUGGGCUGUUUGACGGCACGGCGGGAGGUGUGCCGCCGGCCUUUGACGGGUCGCAGGUCAGCGGGCUGUAUGCGCAGCUGGCGGCGGCGGGCGUGGCGGGCUUCCAGCCGCCGCAAGAGGCGGGCGCGGAGCAGCUACAACCGGUGGACGGCGGGUUGGCGGUGGCGGCCGCGGCGGCGGCGGCAGCGGCGGCGGCGGCGGCGGGCGUGCCGGACGGCAGCGCGAUGACGAUGCCGCCCAUGGACCCGACCGCGGUCGGUGACCCGUCAGCAGCAGUGCCGCCUGCGCCCGAGGCGGGGGGUUAGGUGUCUCAAAGGAGCGGGGCGGGGGGUAGUUUGUGUUGCCCGGGGCGUUGGAGGGAGGGAGGGAGGGGUAGUUUGCUUCGAACCCAAUAAAUGUUAAAACAGGUUUUGAGGCGGUUGAGGGGGAGAUCGGAUCAUGGCGGCAUGCGACCUUAAGAAUGUGGGCCGGAGGUAGCCAGGCGGGCACGCUCCGAGGAACACGUGUGCGUGUGGUAUUGCCUCGCACGUGUGCCUGACACCGGGGCUGCUCGGCGGCCGCAAGGCUGUACAUAGGGACGCAGCCGAGAGCAGUGCGGCGAGGCGGCUGCGGCACCGGCAGAGAGGCGUGGAGCAAAUGCGAGCGCCGGAGGAGUCAGCGGCGUGGCCAUGCGGGCGACUGUCGAUUGCUUGGCCCGGUGCGGGUAUCGGUGCGGGUGCGGGUGCCGAUGGGUUGAAUGAGGAGCAUGGCUGCCGAGGGAGGAAGAGGUGGUGGAGGUGCGUCCUGACGGGCGGGUAAGGGGCUGGAGUGAAGGUGGGAGGACGGGCCGCGCGGGCAGUGCCAUCGAUGCCGUAUGCCCGGUGGGGUACAUGGGGCCCCGGAGGAGCGACUGGUGGAGUGGAGUGUUGGCUGGGGUGCGGGCGUGCGGCGGGAUGCCGGCUCUGGUAACGGACCGAAGGCUGGGGCGUCGGCCGCUGCUGGCGAUUGCAAUCUGCAAGGCUGUGACCACCAUCGGCUCCUCUU